AUGCAACACCAAACUGCUCUAAGUAAAAUAUUAUUAAAAAGAGGGCCAUUAUUAACAGCAAUAUGCAAUACUGUUUGUACUUUCCUUAAAAUUUUCAACCCUAUUGAUAUUAAUCAUGAAAAGAAUAUUGAGAUGAUUGUAUCUUAUUGUAAUGCAAAAGAAUGGACAAAUGAAUUUAUUUGGUGGUGUUAUGAUUACGAUUUUGAAUUUGGUUAUGAUGUUCAAUUUGAUAAUAUAUUUCUCAGUGUACUAAGGGUAGUAUUAGAAAAAAAUACUAUCCAAUUUACAAAUGAAGUACAAAAAAUUGUAAUGAAUUUAUUGUAUUCAAAGAAAAAAUUUAAUACACAAGUUAUAAUGACAUAUGAUAUUUCUACAGAAAGUUGUUGUGAAACUAUAUCACUUCUUACAGAAUGUUUUCAAACAAUUAAACAAACAAUGAUAGAUAAAAUUAAUUUACUUAAACCAAUUAAACCAAUUAUUGAUUCAUUAUAUCAAUAUCUUCAUUCUAAAUCACAAGAAUCUAAUAUUAAAUAUAUAUUUAGAGAUAUUCUCUUUUUACUUAUUUCAUAUUCAUUAAAAGAACGUUGUGAAUUAGGUAAAGACUUUGAUUCAGAUCUCAGUAGUGAAGAAUGGGAUAAAGUUGGAUUUAUUGCAGAAAUUUUAAUCUCAUUUCAUACAAAUAAACAACCAUUUUUAAAUGUCAUUGCAUCUUGUCUUUAUGAAGAAUUAUUUAUUAACACUUUAUAUGAUAGUUUUUCUGUAAUGGAAAGUAAAUCAUUAUCUCAAUUAUCAUUUACAGAGGAUGAUGAAAUUGAACAAAAGAUUAUUUCACUUCUUCAAAUAUAUUAUUGUCCAAUAUCAAUAUCAUUACCUACUCAAAUGAAACAUGAAUUAGGUAAAAUAAUUCAUCUUCCUGAAUUAAUUGAAAAUAUAUCAUUUGACACAAAACAAUCAUAUUAUCAAUUUGAUCAAACAAUAAUCCUUAAUACUAAAACAUUAUUAACACAAUUGCAUGAACUUGAAGAAAAAAGAAAAGAACUAACAACAUUGAAAUGCCAACAUGAAUAUAAAUUUGAUGAAUUAUAUAUAAAAAGGAAAAACAAUAAAGGUCUUAAGGCAAAACUUAUUCAACUCAAACAACUUAAUGGAAUGCUUCCAACUAGAAUUGAAUCAGUCUUUACAGAAUCAGUUAAAAGUGAAUCUUAUUCACCAACAAGAGAUAGGUCUACAUCAAAAACAAGUUCUAGUUCACAAAGUCAAUUACGAAUUCUUACAAAUUGUUGUGAAGAUACACAUGAAAUAAAACAACAACCUCAAGUAAAAUCACAACAACUAUUUCCAGUAUUAUCAAGAUCUAAUCCAACAACUCCAAGUCAUAAAAAAUCAAGAAAAAGUUCAAUUGUUGAUGCCUUUAAAAAAUUUUCCAAGAAAUAA